AUGACCCCCGCCAACACCUUUGAGACGCAUAUCGGCCGCUUCUAUGGCCUCGGUAUGCUGAGGCUAUGCCGGAGCGAUAACAUAGGGCUACGGGACAUUAUGCCGACCAUGAUGCUACGGCUGGAUCUCGACCAGGAGUACUAUGAUUUUGUCAAGUGGUGGGCGACGUGUGGCCCAGAUGGACAUUACGACUGGGGCGAUAUGACCCUACCUCAUCUCGAUAUUCACGGGGCCGAUGCCUUUGAAGAUAUAGAUUUCCUCGAGCAAUAUUCAGCGUUGAACCACAUUAUUGCUAUUCUACUGCUAAAACUAAAGCUGCUCGUUGAUAUUCGUCACCUCAAGAUAACGCACAAAAUCCUUGCCCUACGCCACGUCCCAGAAUCCUCCGAGUCGCUCCUCAGAACAGAGGCGAAGCUCUUGAACCAGGCCCGCCAGCUCAGUGACGCCCUAAUUAGAGCCAACGACAGCUUCAUGUACUACCUCUUCGACCCAGACGAAGCACUCUGUGCUAGACCAGAAGCAUACACAUUCGGCUCAUGGGAAGAAAUGGCCCUUGCGAUGCAGAACUCAUACGCCGCAUGGUGGGAGACGGAAGGCGUGCUAGACCUGCUAAACGAAGCACGAGCGAGUGCGGCGCGAGCCUCAGGCCGUGACAUUGACAUCACGACAGCACAGAAGUCAGAUAGCCGGGAAGCGGAAGAGAUGUUGGUGGAUAUAAGCGUUAAUCGGAUUUGGCAACACCUCGAUGACGUAGUCGAGAACGCCUCAUACCUAGGUCCCUAG